AACCAUAGCGCUGCGAAGAAGGAGACUAUUUUAUUCGAAGAUGCUUGUAAAAAUAUUUUCCCUUCGAUGGAUACGUCUGAUGCCAUUAAACGGAUCAGUCGGACUGGUAAUAUCAAACGGAGAUCGUAUGCACGAGCGGAUCGUCUUUGUUCCAUUGUGAUACGCACGUAUUGACGAUACUGAUAUCUCGAGUUUUAACUGGGAACCAAACGAGGCACGUUUAGUAGUCACGGUUAAUGCAAAUAACACGUUAAGGAUUCGUGUUUUUGGCUUCUUCGUGUAUUCAGUCGGGUAAUGGAGACGUGUGUGCGUGUGUACGUAUAUCGAAUGGCUUUUCCACCCUAUUAACUUUUCGUAUCGAGAGUUAGGUAAGCACCGUGAUAUUCGGUGUUGUGAUACCAUUAACGAAAGGCAUUAUUUGUCGAAAAACAUAUUCUUUGGAAAAUUCCGAUCAUUUUUCAUAAUCGAUAGACGUUCGAGGACGUUUCGAAUUGCUUCUACGCAAGCUGCUGCGUUCGAACGCGCAAAUACUGAUAAUAGUAAUCGCUUUUACCUUCUCAGACGGUAACUCUAUACGACAAAAACGUUGUUUACGUGAAUUUUCCACACGCCAAGUUUAUCAUAUUUUGAGUAAAAAUUGUUGACAUAAUUUGGUGGUAAUAAUAUAUAGAUGGGUAGAAUUUGUAAACGAAUAUUAUAGAAUGUGGAAAAUUUGGAGAUUAAGAGAUACACAUGAAGUACAAAAGAAUUUAGACUUUAAUCCGUUGUAAUCCCUUAAACUUGGUAGAUAAGUAAUUAAAUAGAGGAAUAGAUUGUAAAUAAUUAAAUAAGCCAGAGAUAGGAAAAUUGCGUUUGCGUAGCACCAUCUGGUGGAUAAUUUCGAUAUAUUAGUUUGAUUACUUAGUUGUCAUGGCAAUGACUGGCAUACAAUCGUGGAAAUUAAUAAUAAUAUUCAAUCAUAAUGAACGCGUGUACGUUUUAUACUCGAUAUAUAAGUUUGUGAUGACUUUGGUGAGCGAUACAGUCCAUACUAUCCUAUUUUCGUGUACGUCAAACAAUCCUGGUUGAACAAUUUUGUUAACCAUACUUAUCAGUCGUAAAUUAUGAGACACGACAAUGACUAGUUGCGAAAGCAGUAUCGAACAAGGAAAGGCAAUUUGUUUUGGCAUUAGAAACUGAUACGAUACUUUCUAAUCACGUUGAAUAAGAAAUUAUAUAAAUCAUUCGAAGUACUUAACCUCUUUCUAUUCAACCGUUUGUCAUUACACAGUUGUAAAAAAUGUCUGUCACAAAAGACAAUUUGGAAACGACGUAUAAACCAGUUUAUCGUCGCAGACGCGUUUCAAAAGCUAGACAUAUGUUUAAAAUGCACAAUGCUUGCAAAGAUUUACCAGACUAUGUAACCGAAGAUGGUAAUGAUUACGAAGGUGACAUACCUUUGACAACUAAAAGCAAUAGAUGUAGAAGAAAUAGGAGAUUGUCUAAGGAAAGUAAUGAACAACAAAUGUUUGAUGAAGGUGAUGCAGACUCAGGUAUUAUUUCUUCAAGAAUAAGAGACAAACAUGUUUCAAAAGAUACAUUGAGAAUAGCUAAGGAGUAUCACAAAUUAGAUAAAUGCUACAAGAAUGUUCAAGAUGAGUGUCGAAAGUUAAAUAGUUUAAUGGAAGAGCGAGAAGCAGAGUAUCAUCAAGUAUGUUCGAGAUACGAAACAGUAGUACAAAUGAUGAAGGAAAUGGAAGACACAAGAGUUGAUUUGGUAAAAUACAAUAGAAAACUUGAGGCUGAGAAAAUUCAAUCAAGCGAAGAUGUAGCAUUAUUAAAAUGUAUCGUUUACCAGCUAAAUGCUGAAUUAGAAAGAUAUCAAGACAAAUUAAAAGACCAAAAACUUGGAACAGACUUCGUAAAAAAUAAUGAAAAAGCAGAAAAGUACAAUCAACACGUUUGGGGUGGUAUUAAUUUUCAUACAUUGGGUCCACUUUUAAAUGCUUAUCAAGAAAACUUGUCAGAAAAACAAGAAUUGGUGAACAUGUAUGAGCAAGAAAUGGCCGAUUUUGGAAGCAGAUGUAAAGAAAUAGUCGCAGAGAACGAACUUAUGCAUAAAGAAGUGGAAAAUUUGAGGAUAGAGUGUGCCAGGUAUGCACAGGAAAUAAAGUCAUUGGUUGAGAAUAGUGCGUCAUUGAAAAAACAGAAUGAUAUCCUGCAAAAAGAAACUAUAGGUCUCAAGAAAGAAGCAAAAGAAAUUUGUUCGCUGUACGAAGCAAAAAUGGAAGCAAUCUUAAAACGUAAUGAAGCACUUAAAAAGGAACACACAAUUAGUGCAUCAGAACUGAGCAAUCUCAAAGGAAAGUACGAGAUCUUAAGCAAAGAGUUCGAAAAGGUUAAAAAUAAAGAGGAGCAAACAGUCCCUGCUAUCGUUCAUACUACUGCUAUCGAAGAAUGUAGGACGUUAUUGGAAGAAUUAAAGCAUCAAUAUGAGAGCGAAAAACGUAAUUUAUGCAAUCAUAUAAAACGUAUGGAAGAAAAUCAGCCAGAAAAUGAAAAACAACUCGUAAUGAUUACAGCUGAAAGAAAUCAUUUAAAAAUCCUCGUUGACAAACUAGAAAGCAAUCUCAAGCGCACACAACGUAAAUAUGAGAACAUACAAACCCUUGUAUAUUCAACACGCGUUUCACGUGAUUCGUUGAAAGAACAAUUGAAUAAGGCAACCGCUUAUUGCGAAGAAUUGUUUUCCGAGUACGAAAGGAUUGUUACAGAGAGGGAAAAGUUACUAGGCCUUUUGCGUGAAACGGAAAAAGAAAAUGCAACCAUCGAUCGUCUUGGAAAAACCAUUAAUAGCCGAGUGAAUGGAUUAAAAAAUCAACUGGAGAACGUCCAAAAAGGCGCGAAACAUCAAGUUGAAUCUGUCGAGAAGCGUAUAAAAUUACAAGAGCUCCGAGUACGUCAGAUGAAACGUAAAUAUCGUCGUAAAAUACAGAAUUUAAAAGAUACAAUCAAGCAGAAAGACGAUAAAAUUUUAAAAUUACAAGAAAAGCAUACUAGUCGAAAUAAUUCGGUCCCAGAUUUAUCUAAACCUGUAGAUGACGAGAAACUUCAAAUAUCUGAAGAUAAAAUUAAUAAGCUUUAGAUCAAUCGCGUAAAUCGUUAGCACAUUCUUAAAUGCGUGAUAAGAUCGCUCUUAAUGGAUUGGACUUUGAAACUGAUUUUCAACGAAUCUCUUAAUAAGCAUCUAAUUAUGGAAUAGGUGCUACUCGAAACACCGUCCUCCUGGUAUUUACCAACCGUGUCAGUCACUUUAUUUAGCGGUGACAUCAAACGAUACAAGUGGCUGCGAAGGCUAUCGUUCGCCACUAUAUGAAUGGCCGAUGGCAGUGGCGGUUACAGUAACCACCUCUCGGUGAAAAAUUGAUGUCAGCCUUUAUAGGUAUGAUGUCAGAUGCGUUCCAUACAUUUAUGUAUAUGCAAAAGUUGUAUGUGUUAGCCUUAAGCCUUCUAUAGAGAUCAAUAACAAUUCCAAACACGAUAA